AUGUCUAGAGUUCGAGUUGAAAGCCUUAGCGGAGCGACCACCAACGAAUCUCUACGAGCUGCAUUCAGCGGCUUCGGUACCAUCAUCGACUCCUCACUGGCCAGCACCGUUGGCUACGUGACCUUCGCCUCCCCUGAAGCAGCCACAGCUGCUAUCACGACCAUGAACGAUGAAGUAGUAGAUGGGAACCGAGUUCAAGUGAUCCGCGCACCCGAGCAAUUAGGUGGUGAAGAUAGCAUCCAGGAGGUCCCGUAUGGCGGUUCCGUGGUUUGA